AUGGAAGAUAGGGUUAACAAGCUACUGAUCGAAGAAGAUAGGCUUAGCGACCUUCCUGACUCAAUUCUCUCCCACAUUCUCUCUUUUCUCCCAACCAAAUCAGCCGCCCGCACAAGCAUCCUCUCAAAGAGGUGGAAACCAAUAUGGCUUUCUGUCACCACUCUCGAUUUUAUAAUGGGAAUCACCCCAACCCUUAUUAUAUACUCACUCAUACUAUCCCGUGACAUCAACUUGCCAAUACUAUCAUUCCGCGUAAAAUCUCAUUUUGAUUACCAACCUCAAUUUUUCGACGCAGUUAUUAGGGCCGCUAUACAAAGAAGACUUGAAACUCUGGAACUUAACAUGUUGUGGUUCCCGUUAGAGAUGAAAUUCUUUUCUAAUAUUUUCACUUCCAACACUCUUACUGUUCUCAAGCUUACAAACCUAUAUAUUGUCAAAGACUUUCCUCAAGUAAAUGUUUCUUCUGUCAAAACUCUUCAUUUGGAUAACGUCUCUUUCCGUUGUCAUACCUAUAUGAUCAACUUUUUCUUAGCCUUUCCCGUUCUAGAGGAAUUGCAAACAAAUCUUAUAGAUACAUUCGAUAGGGCAGAACCUCGAGAAAUGAUUAAGUGUUUGCCCAGUUUGGUGAGAGCUAAUAUUACCGAUGAUCCUGAACUUAUUCCUUUACUCAGCUUCUCUAGGGCACUGGUUCUCAAAGUAAGGCAAGAGACAUGGCAUCUCAAAACUGUCCAUGUCCCCUUUUUUAACAAUCUAACUCAAAUGGACCUAUUCAUUAACUUUCACCGAGGGAAGUGGAUACUAAAAGUGCUUCAACACACUCCCAAACUUGAGCAUCUUAUCAUUCAUCAGAAUGAGGAAAUAGAAAAUGAUAAAGGAAUGGAUGACAAGAAUUGGAAGGACCCAAAGAUGGUUCCAAAAUGUCUUUCAUCUCAGCUCAAAACUUGUUUGUUUGGAUAUUGGAGGGGUAAAAGGUGCGAGCUUCAAUUCGCUGAAUAUAUCAUGCGAAAUUCAAAAAUAUUAUGUACCAUGACAAUUCACUGCUCCUCUUCCUUAGAUUUAAAUGCAAAGUAUCAAAUAUCACAAAAAUUAUCUAUGUGUCCAAAGGACUGUGAACUUAUAUUUGAUUGA